AUGUCACCUAAUAAAUCUACAAACUUCAAUUUCUCUAACCUCUCGAUUGACAUUAUGAAUUCAUACAUUGUUCACGUAGGCGAACAAACUUUUCGAUUGUAUCGCUCAUCAAUAACCUGUGAUUCUCCUAAUUUCUUUACGCAAACUUUCUUGGGCGAGGAGGUUUCAGAAGAAACAACAACCGCAUCCAAAAUUAAUCCCCUUGUAGCAAGCACAGUUGAAUCUAAUAUCACCACCACUCCCACUUUAGAAAUAAAAAAUGACGCUGAAAAGAAUGUUGUCAUUGGUGACAAUUCUCUUUCAGAAUCUAUAGUAAGUAAUGCAGAAAGACCGAAUGUUGCGGAUAAAACCAAUAGUAAUGACACUAGUAAUAGUACGAAUAAAAAUCCAUCGAUAUGCAAAGAAAUUACAAUAGAUCGUGAUCCUAGACUUUUUGAAGUAAUUCUAAGAUAUCUUCGUGGAUAUACCAUAUUUCCAUUAUCUUCUGUUAAUUUGCCACCUGGAAUGUCACUUGAUCUAUUUCGUGAAAGCUUAUUGGAGGAUGCCCGUUUCUAUGGCCUUGCCCGACUUGCGCAACUGUUGCAAGCAGAAACACCAACACCACUACGCUACAAAGAUCCUUUCACUUCCCAGGACAAAAUUCUUUUAUCGCUUCGCGAUGUACCAAUACAUAAAGAUUUUAUCAAAUCAAAACUUGAAGGACCAUCUGCUGUUGAAUUUUUCACGGGAGCGGUGCUUACUCUAGAAUUGGACAAUUCAGAUGCUACCAUACAGUUUCAUACUGAAUUCCUCAAUGAUCACGAUCAAAAAGCUCUUCAAACCUUGGGCGAAAUUUGUGGCGAAAAUACUCAGAUUCAAUUGUCGCGUCUAAUGACAACAGGCUGGAAUAUGCGCGAUGCGUUGAAUGGAAUUCGGCUAGAAAUUGAUGGUGUACAAGUGACCGGAGUAGAUAUUGCAUCUCUAGUAGGGUCCUUUAAUCCAAGAGUCAAAGCAUUGGACGACAUGUUUCGAUUGGCGGGUGGACAAAAAUUAGUAAUCUACGCACAAGAAUUUGUUUUUCGUUUGGAAUAUCGUACAGCUGCAUCUGAUAGUAGCAGUAUUAAUGGAACUGCACAAAUUAACGGCAGUCGCGCUGCCAGUAUCAAUGAGAUUCCCGUCAUUAGUUCUCUUGAUACACAAGAUGAUCCUUCUCCUCCUUAUCCCCAAGAAGAAACUGAAAAUAACAGUCAAGCCGAUGGAGAGAGUAAUGACGGUAGUAGCGAUACGGUCGAUGAAAGUUCAAACUUUUUCCAAUUCGAGCGCAAAAGUUAUAUGUCAACUUUACAAUAA